AUGGCCGACUGGAGCGAGCAUGCCCACUAUGCCAAUGCCAAUGGGCCCAUGGGCCUGCCACCCGCCGUGACUGCCCUCGCCUUCGACCCUUACAGCGAGCUCCUCUGGCAGGGCACCUCGUUCGGCACCGUCUCCUCCCUCUACUCUUCACAGCUCUCGCGCUACACCUCGUAUGCUGCACAUGGCCUACCUACUCGCCCUGCCCCCGCAAAGGGCAUUCUCGCCGACGAACGUCACAUCUUUUCCAUUGGUGACAAUGGCAUCAAGUGCUCCCACCGUCGAGGUCUGGCCAAAUGGACCACCCUCACCCAAGACAUCGGCACCAAUGCCAUGAACCUAAUCUCGAUGUGUGCAUCCCCGCUUGCCGCUUCCAACGACCUUGUCGCUGCCGGCCUCUCUCAAUCUGCUGCCAACACCGGUGAGAUCGACAACGACAACGACCUCAUCCUCACCGUCAACAGCAGCACUGGCGCCGUUGUCCGCACCGUCCCCUCCGAGGCUCCCAUUGUGCAUGUCCGCAAGAGUGGUCGCUAUGUAUGCGCCGGCACCGUCAAUGGCCACGUCCAGCUGCGUGAUCCGCGCACCCUCAAGGUCGAGCAUCGUCUCCACGCCCACCCAGGCGGCCUCGUCGACAUCCAGGCAGACGGCCACCUGCUCUACUCUGUCGGCUGGACCGUGCGCCAAGGCCAUCCCGUACCGGAACCGCUCAUCAAGGUGCACGAUCUUCGCACCAUGCGUGCUCUCGUCCCCAUCCCCUUUGCUGCACCAGGUGGUCCCUCUCUGCUCGCCAUCCAUCCCAAGCUCUCUUCCACUGUCAUUGUCUCGGCUCCCCAGGGCCAGUUCCAGAUCGUCGACAUUGCCACCCCUGGCGAAGGCAGAUUCUUUUACACCAAUGCCGCCUCAUUCACCACCUCGCUCGCCAUCUCUCCUUCCGCCGAUUUUAUCGCCUUUGGUGAAGCAGACGGCAGCGUUCGUCUCUGGAGCAGCUCCUCGGACACCUCGAAUCUCCGCUUCAACACAUUCGCCUCUUCGGCUCUCGAGUUUCCCGACAUGGCCGAGCCAACACCCUUCGUCAACUGGUCCACAGAGACGCCCUUGUCUUCCAUCGGCAUGCCACACUACUCCGAAAAGCUCAUGUCCUUUUUCGACUACGACCAGUACGUAUCGGAAGCAUCGCCCCUCUUCAACCCACCAUCCAAGAUUGAUCCUGCCGUGUUCAACAACCUCAAAACCGUCGAUUAUCUCGGCUACGCCAGCCUGCCGCCGCAUCUGAGGGGAAAGAGGAACGUCGUUUCUGGCAAGGGCCCUGGUGGUAUCCGUGCAAGCGCACUGCAUCGACCAGAAGACCGCAAGAAGAUCGGCAUCCCGCUCUUCCGCAGCGAAAAGGAAAAGGAGCAGAGCAAGAAGGCAGCUGCAGCUGCAGCUGCUGGGAUCACCUCGGCCGAUAAAAAGAAGAAAAAGGCAGAGAGGAAACGAGCAGAGGCCGCCGGCUCGGAUAGCGUAUCCACCUCGACUGACUCGAGACUUGAGCGCAAAACGGCCAACGAGAAUGCACCUGCUUCGCGUAGCCUCGUCGGCGGCUCCAAGCUCGGAGCAAAGGACGAUAGCCCUACUGACGACGCUGGUGGGGGCGCUUCCAAUGGCGCAAACACCGCUUCCGAUCAAGACCAAGGCUUGGACGACACUACCGACGACGACAGCGACGCAUCCGAUGAGGAAGAGGGACAGGAGGAUGUCGAGACCGCCGAGGCCAUGCUCGUCAAGGGCCAGAUGCCUUCCUACUAUCGACUCAAGACCAUCCAAUACUCGCGAUUCGGUGUCGAAGACUUUGACUUUGGUUUUUACAACAAGACGCAAUACAGCGGUCUCGAAACGCACAUCCAGAACUCGUACGCCAAUUCGUAUCUGCAAGCGCUCCACUAUCUCCCGCCCUUCCGAGAGACGGCGAAAGCUCACAUCCUCCAGAACUGUCCUCGCGAGAAUUGCCUGCUGUGCGAGGCCGGCUUCCUCUUCCGCAUGCUCGAGGAUGCCAAAGGCGCCAAUUGCCAGGCUUCCAACUUUUUGCGUGCCUUUGGCAACAGCCAGAAGGCAACCAAUUUGGGGUUGAUGGAUCGCGAGGACAGCUUGACCAACGUCUCGAGUGGUACCGGUGUGGGCAAGAACGAGAUCAUCUACAGCCAGCUCGUUCAAACCUUGAAUCGGUUCGUGCUCGACUGCACUGCCAACGAGGCCCAGACCUCGCAGAGCAGCUUGUCUUCCAGCUCGGGAUCAGCUCGCGCGUCGCCUGCAGGAGCUCCUCCUGGUCUGGGUCCUCCCUUGAGCAGUAACAGGGGUGGAGGCGUCGGCGCAGGACGAAGGUUUGCGGGCGAUCUGAGCUCUCCAACAUCGCCGCUGCCACCACAGGACGCCGCCGCUGCAUCUGCAGCAGCCGACUCUGCGGUAGCCAAGCUGUUUGCGCUGCACACGGUUUCCAAGACGGUCUGCAUCCAUUGCGGACGCGAGUCGAGCCGCAGCAACCCGCUGCUCUCGGUCGACCUCAUCUAUCCACGCCGCGCCAUGUCCAACGAAAGCACACCACCGUCCGAUUUCGCCUCUGUGCUUCGCGCCUCGCUGAUCCGGGAGGUGCAGAAUCGCGCGCCGUGCCGGGCUUGUCAGUUUACCGCCAUGUUCCGCACGCGUCGGGCAAUGCCGGCUACGUCGGAGCUGCCUCGUGUGCUGUCGGUGAAUGCGGGGAUUCAAGCUCCCGAGCACCUGCACUACUGGUUGGACGCCAAUCAGAAGGGUAACAAACCCGCAGCCCCUCCCAUGGGCCCCGCUCGGUCCGGUGGUCCGAUGCAGCAGCAGCAAUCACCGUACGGCAACAACGGUAAAAUGGGGUACAUGGGUAUGUCUCCACGUGGCGGCGGUCCAGGCGUCCCCACUGGCCCGCGCGCGGACAGCAACGCAGCAUCCAUCCAGCAAGGUAGCGGCGGCGGCGGCGGCGGCGAUGCCAAGCGCACCUAUCUGCCUCCGCGCAUCGCUAUCGGCGUGCACGGGGACGACGUGCGCGUACUGCCCAUCUGGAACGCAGACGACACGGACAGAGUCAAGAUGUCGCUCGGCGGACAACCGGCGAUCUACAAGCUGCGUUCGAUGGUGGUACAGAUCUCGGCGGAUAAGGAGCAGCCGCAUCUGUGUGCGAUGGUGCGUGUUCCUGAAGCCGAGUCGAGCACUCACAGUGGCGCUGACGCAGUGACGACGGCGACGACGCCCAAGAUGGCGAAUGCAUCGAGUGCAGGAGCGGCAGCGCUGCUGGGAUCCAGCAAGAAGAGCGCGAAAGCGAAGGCGAGCCAGCUGGGGCCGUGGUAUCUGUUCAACGACUUUCUGGUGCGCAAUGUAUCGGAAACGGAAGCGCUGGGAUUCCAAAAUACGUGGAAGAUGCCGUCAGUGCUCAUGUGGGAGCGCGAAGAUGUGGAGCCGCUGUGCGUGCAGACGCUGCGGCAGGGACGCACCUGUAUCGACCCCACCAUCCUAUGCCGUGACUUUAACAUUUCAGCAAACCGGGAUCCACAGCGGAUACGGCACAGCCUGUUGGCGGAGGAUGAGCUGCCGGGACCCGGAACGCUCGUGGCGAUCGAUGCCGAGUUUGUCGCGCUCAACCAGGAGGAGUUGGAGAUCCGCUCGGACGGCACACGCUCCGUGAUCCGGCCGACGAAGCUCUCGCUUGCUCGCGUGUCGGUGGUGCGGGGACAAGGGGAAAAGGAGGGGGAGGCCUUUAUCGAUGACCACAUCUACACGCCGGAGGAGGUGGUGGACUACCUGACCAAAUUCUCGGGCAUUCUGCCGGGCGACCUGGACCCGCAGACGUCGAGGCAUACGGUCGUGCCAUUGAAGGCGGCGUACAAGAAGUUGCGGCUGCUGGUGGAUCGCGGGUGUAUCUUCAUCGGGCAUGGGUUGAAGAAGGAUUUCCGCAUCAUCAACAUCUUUGUACCUCCGCAGCAGGUGAUCGAUACGGUGGAUCUGUACCAUUCGGCCAACCACCCGAGGCGGCUGAGCUUGCGCUUCCUCUCGUGGUUCCUGCUCAAGGUCGACAUUCAGUCGGGGGCGAGUGCCAACAACCAGGUGACUGCACGCGAGGAGGCCAAGUCCAAGGCGUCAGAGGCGGGGCAGGAGGGCAAGGAGGCGGUGGAGAACGUUGCACAGUCGGCGGCGGGUGCGGGCUCAACCGCGGUAGAGGGCGGACACGACAGUAUCGAGGACGCGCUCGCGGCAUUGAGGCUGUUCAGGCUGUACGAGGUGUUCAAGAGCAGCGAUCGGUUGGAGGACGUGCUGGAAGACAUCUACGAGGUUGGGAGGAGAUUGAACUGGAAGCCGCCCAACAGCACGUAG